UUUAAAAAUGUACAAAAUUAUAUUUGACUUCCCACAUAACUUUCCGAUUGGGAUAACAGCAUUCCACUUCGGAACUCUUGUAAAAUAGCGAAAAUACUUUGUGGAAAUUCCGGAGCCCCAUGGGCAACAUCGUUUGAGUGCCGUGCCUGUGCCCGUGCCCCCAACCCGGCUACAGGCACAGCAUUGGGUAUGCCACCAAUCUCGGGCACUCACUCACUAGCGGCAUUGGUGCUCACCGAGUGGCCGAAACAGCUUCAUCUGUGCAGUUGCUGUGCUUUUUGCAGUCGUUACAAGCGCUCUCAAAUCGCUAACCAAUUAACUUGGAAAGUUCACGAAACUGCAACCGCGCAGCGAGCACUAAAAAUCGACACAUAAAAUAAAGUUAUAAGAAUGCUGGGAGAGACGAGUACGAGUACGGCAAACGAGCCAUCAGAUGAAGGAUGCCUGUGGAUGUGGAUGUGGAUGUGGAGAUGAGGAUGAGGAUGUGUGGUGCUCAGGCAGACAACCGGUCGAGUGGUCCAAUGGUGGAGCGUCAGGCGGUCAGUCAGUCGGUGGCUCUGGCUGUGGCUCUGCUUGAGUGGAUUGUCAGUCAGCAGCGAUUUAACGUGGCGCACAUUAUUCAUUCCCAUUUAAUGACAAGACGCAGACGACCAACUGGAACCGACUCGAGAAACAGCAGCGCGGCAGUCAAUUUACUUGCACUUGCUGAUGAUCACUCCUUGCGGGGACCAGGUGCUGUCUACAUAUAUGCUGAAUAUGCUGUGUGCCGUGUUCAGAUGCAGAGUCAGACUCAGAUUCAGACUCAUACCCAGACCCCUGUAAGAGCCACAGUAAAGAUCUGCUAA